AUGCCGCCACUCCACAUCAAAACCAUAACUCUGGGUGCGUUCAAGGAUGUCUUGUCGCGUUACCCUGCAAUGGUGCCCGAGAAGCUACGCGACUUGGACGCGCAACGCUAUGACAUCAUUCGCAAAGCCGUAGCUGCACAAGACGAAAGCGAGAAACACUUGACAAAGGAGCAAGUCGUGACGCUUGUGGAAUGGAAGCUGGCAUACGCUGCGCUCUGGAAGAGCAAAUCAUCUCAUCCUGAUGCCAUUCCCGCGCUCAAGAUACUUGUGGGACUGAAGGGCGUGGGUCCAGCAACCGCAUCCUUGCUUCUUUCUGUUCUCCGACCUGCAGAGAUACCCUUCUUCUCUGAUGAACUAUUUCGAUGGUCUGUCUGGGAUGAUGAAACGGGGAGCGGAAAAGAUGGAAAGGGCUGGCAGAGGAAGAUCAAGUAUAACGUGAAGGAGUAUGAGAUGAUGCUCGAUCGCGUGCAGGAGUUAAGGACGAGAUUGCGAAGAGGUUUCGGGCAGAGGGACCCUUUGGCGAGGGCGAUUGACGUUGAGAGAGUAGCUUGGGUACUCGGAAAAGAAGGUGUGGAUGUUAGUGUGCAGGAAGAUGAGACAGGGGAGCAUAAGGGAAAAGACGCGGAUGUGCAAGCUGACACGAAAGCGGAGGAGGAUGAGAAGGAGAAAGACGAAGCACAACAAGAAGAGAUCCCAGCAGUAACGAAAGAGGGCAGCGGUGACGAAGCAACAAUUGCAAAGCCCGUAGCGAAGAAAGGUACGAAACGUAAAGCUUCGGAGGCCAAACCACCUGUCGAAGGUACCCGCAAGAGUACGCGGACGAAGAAGUAG